AUGCAGGCGUUCGAGGUGGAUGCUGCAGCAAGCACUGCAAUAGCCAGAACGCCUUCGCGGUGCAGGCAAGUUGCUUUUGUCGCCGCGCCGAUUUUCUUCGUGGCUGCUUUGCUUGGCGUCUGUGGACUCGCCGGGCUUUUCUCGGCCCCGGAUCUUGGUAGCAGGGCCCUGAUCAAGUCGAUGCAGGGCACCAAAGACUGUGAGGAGGCCGGCGAGGUAGUGCCGGGCCGAUUCCGCCCGCGCUGCACCGACGGCCAUUGGGCUUCGCAUCAGUGUGAUGGCAGCACCGGCAUGUGCUGGUGCGCGGACAAGGCUGGUCAAUUGCUGGAGGGAACUCGCGGCAAGCCUGGCAAGGGGCCAAGGCACGAGGACUGCGAGACGAUCCGCACUUUGCAGGAAAGCGGCAACAGCACAGAGUGCCACCUGAGCCGGUUGAAGGCCCAGCUCCGGCCUUUGCUGGGAGCCUUCAAGGCCCGGUGCCUGCCCGAAGGAGGAUACGCUCCGCACCAGUGCUGGGGAUCGACUGGGGAGUGUUGGUGCACGGACGCAACAGGCAAGGAGCUGAACGGCACACGCGGCCGGCCCGGUUCACCCGCCGAGGACUGUGCUUCUGCUUGUGGUCGCUGCACGGCCGAACACCAGCAGAGGGGCAUGAACUGUGUUGUGGGAGCUUGCCUUCCCGAGGAAGCAAUCAAUUUCUAG